AGACAACGCAACGUCGUACGAACAACAAUGACUCACAUCAAAGUCGGGUUUGUCCUGUGUUUAGUGGCCGCCUCGUGCGCCCUGCCGGCCCAAGAGGAGGCCCGCGGCUCCCGCAACGCCAUCCAAACCGAGAGCGACCUGCUCGACUCCAUCUACACCGACUGCCUGAGGAAGGACUCCAUGUCUUGUCUCAAGUACAAGCUGUUCUCGUUCGUCGACAAGAUGCUGGGCCACAAGGACACCAUCACCGUGACCGAGGGUGUGCAAAUCGUGAAAACGGGCAACGACGGCGAGGGUGCGCCACGCGCCUACAACGCCGACGACUCCAUCGAGACCGUCAUCUGGAACCGCAUCGCCGGCUUCCUCGAGUCGCACACCAUCAAAGUUGACCUUAAGGGUAGUGAAAUCGUUAAUGCCGUGAGUUCGACCGCUCGUUCCUUCGGUGAUGCCGUCGACAGUUUGGCCGAAGAGGAGAACUCCAUCGAGACCGAGGAGGGCAGGGGCAAGAAGAAGAAGGCCGCCAAAAUUCUGGGACCCCUGAUGGCCGCCAUGGCCCUCAAGGCCGCCGUCCUCGGUAAACUGGCCCUCGGCGCCAUCGCCCUCAUCGCCGGCAAGGCCCUGCUCAUCGGUAAAAUCGCCCUGGUGCUCUCCGCCAUCAUCGGCCUGAAGAAGCUCCUGGGCGGACAGGGCAAGCACGUCACCUACGAGGUGGUGUCCCACCCGCAACACUCCUCCAGCCACAUCAGCACCCACGAGUCCGUGUACGGCGGCAGCGGCCACGGCGGCGGCUACAGCGCUGACGUUGGCGGCGGCUACUCCGGCGGCGGAUCCAGCGGACACGGCGGAUGGGGACGUUCCUUGGACGGGCAGCAGUUGGCUUACAGGGCGCACGCACCCGCCAGCCAGCAAUAAACCACCACCGUUUAUUGUUUAGGCUGUGUACCUGACAACGGUCCUCUCCUCAGCGAACGAAGGCCCGCGCAAGGCCCGCGUGUACCUUAAUUUAUGUAUUUAUUUCAAUUUUAAUUAAUUAAUUAAUUUAUAUUAUUAUUACUUUUUUUUUUUUUU